AUGGAGUGCCGCUUCUGUUUUUCAGAUGGUAAGGUCGAGAAUGUGAGGGGAUUCAACGCUUGUGGUCGCUGCGCUGGAAAAGUAGUUCCCUUAUGUGAGGGUGUGGUGCACCAAGUAAGCGGCCCCUUGGUUGCUAAGGGGUGGGGUGUCGAGGUUAUUACCGAUGAGAAUGAGUGGCGUGCUGCACUGUCCUCUGCUGUAUCGGAAUAUGAAAUGAACGAUGAGGGAAGGAAGGCUAUUCUUUUUGCCAUUCAAUGCAAAAAAGGUGACGUGACAACUCUUACCUUCAUUGAUCGAAUGUCAGUACUAGCCGCAAUGAGUGCAGCUCUUUCACGUCUCAUGACAGCACCGAGGUCUCGAGAUAAGCGGAAUCUCCCAAAGAGAAAUUUAUAA